AUGUCAGGUCAUCGAAAGGGCAUACCACAUUUGCCAAAGCGAUACGCGUGCGAUCGAUGUCGAAAACAUAAACUCCGUUGUCCUCGAGAAGCCCAGGCUGGCGAUUCGUGCCCACGGUGUUUGCGCGCAGGCGCACAGUGUGUUACAAGCACAGCCCUGCCAUUAGGUCGCCCUGCUCGGUCCAGGACGGGAACACCAUCCACCCAAACAACUGAAAGAGUACGUAAAAGGGAUCAGAGUGGCAGCGGCAACAUCGUAUUUCGCACUUCUAGACAACAGCAAUAUGUGCAUUCGGGUCCUGAUCUUACUGCUGUACCACCAGCAGAGAGAGCUCAUGGAGAGAUAGCUACAGAACAUUCCCAGGGGCCCUUGGAUAAAUCAUUGUCCUGGUUUCAAACGAGCGAUCCUGAUAUACCUGGAUUUGAGCCAGGUACGCUCUUGGAAAUCCCAGAUGCAGAUAGUAGUUUCGGUGACUCCAUGAUGCGUAAUGCCAAUGGGCCGGAUAUACCUCCUUCGUCUGGGAGUACACUAAUUGGCUUCCACGUGCCGGAGGUUCUUAUCCAGCCCUGGAACCGUGGACGUACUGAUAGCCAGAACGACAUGUUGCGCGAGGGUGGCACCGGCCUGGGAAGCGGUUCCCUUCAGCAUGUUGGAUGUGGAGACGGUUUACAGAAGCCGGGCCCAGAAAAUAAGAGCCAGCUUGGAGAACUGCUGCAGAGAACGUCAAAGAUUUUAGGUAUCCUACAAGCUUCUGCACUUUCCAAAAACUGCUUUGCCUUCAGUAACCUAUCGACCACAUCUGGCCCCAGAUCUAUUCAUUCACAACCUACUUCUAUAAUGGGACCAUCCGUCCACGCCACUUCUUCUCCUCAACGGACACCGGCUCCUAGCUCGACGACAAGACGGCUGAUGGAACUUAAUACCUCGGAGCCAAAGUUAGACACUGCUACCAUCCUCAUUAUUUCAGCAUAUUACAUCCAGAUCAUCCAGAUAUACAAUGUCAUCUUUGCUCAGUCUCAUUUGGAAUUCUACCAGACGUCAGGGCCAUCAAUUUCACGCCUCCAGGUGCUCCCAGGCCCGCAACUCGGACUGCCUCUCGAACACGGCGGCAUGCGAGCUGAAUUCAUGAUCCAGGCCAUCAACCACUUGCUGGAUCGCGUCGAGAUACUACAGGGCAUGCCCCCAAAAUUUAGGCUUAACCCUACUCGGGGGUUCGAAGUUGGUUUUCAUGGUUUGGAGCUAACAACUCUAUGUAUUACGAACGACUAUGAAUCAAAGAGGAAAUAA